AAUAAAAAAUAGAAAAAUAAUUAAAACCACCUUCUCCCUCCGAUGUCGGUCUCCUCCAUCGUAAACACUUGUUGUCACCGAGAUUUCUAAUUUUAUAAACCCUAAUUCUCUCCUCCGCCGUUCCAAUCUCGCCACAUUGGUUCCGUGAAGAAUGGUGGAGAAUUCAGUAAAACCAUCCUCAAAAGACACACUGGCAUCUAGACCAAUGGCUAGAAACCUAAAAGGUGUUGGUGAUCUUGCAGAGGACUUAUCUCAUAUCAGUGAUGCUGAGGUUGCUGGUUAUCUGAAUACUAAAAAAGAGUCCCUUCUGAUGAAGAUGGCGUGGGAGAUGAUGAACCCUGAUUACAACAAGGGAACGCAGAGGAGACCUACUACAGUGAAGAAGAAGAAAGAUCCUAUUAGUAAGACUGCUGCUCCUCCUAGCAAGAAAACUUUUCCAACCACAACACAAACCAAUGAAGAAAGUGAAAAGAAAAAGCGACUGAGUUCAUAUAUCAACUUGGAUGUCUUGGAUAAGCUAUUUGAUGAUGAGGAGAACUCUCCGAAGAGGACUAAGUUAGGGGAAGCAGUCGUUGUCAGUGACCAGAUGGAAAUUUUACAGCAAAGGAGUGAAGAACGCCUUUUGGAACCUGAGGAUUCUGAAGAAGGUGAACCGGUCUGGAACGAGGAUGAUUACAGUAAUGAAGAUGCUAAUGGAGGACAGGACGAGUUCUAUGGUGACGCCGAUCUUGAAUAUGAAGAUGAAGGAGAAGAUAAUGAAGAUAUAAUUUGGUGAUCUCAUCAUACAUUGUGAAGUGAUCUUAACAUAUCUUACUCAACAGCAUUGAAUUAUUAUUUUUUGACAAAAAUCUUUUAAAUUACAUUCAUUAUUUUCCUAUCAAAUAAAUGAAAUCCUUCACAUUG